AUGUCUAAUUGGGCUGGACUGCAGAAGAUUGAUGAUGGUCUUUUUGCUGCUGUUUCUGACACGUACAAGAAUCUUUUGCAGUUUGAUGGUUCCUUCGAAGAUGAAGCUGGGGCUAGAUCUACUGUGGAGGAAUUUCUUGCUGGAAAGAGGACAGCAGGCGAUAUCGAAAACAUUUCAAAGGAGCUCUGGGCGUGGAGGCAGUCGCGCUUGAAGAGGAGGCCGUCCGAGGUAGUGCUUUUGCAGAGACGCUUACCUGAGUUCGCUGCUAGUGUUCCACGUUCCCAGAAGGAUAUCACUGCGGUUUUUGAAGAAGCAGUCAACACCACCCCUGCUGUUGCGCUGUCCCUGCUGAAGCGUGCAAUCAGAGCAGCUAGGGCUCAUGGGGACAAAGAGGAGGUAGAGAACAAGUUGCGUGAGAAGUGGGCCCUCGAGCUUGUCGCCAUUAUACAGGAGGCAGAGCUGCCUGCUGCAGAGCGGAUUGCUGCACUGGGCAAUGACAAUCAUUUCUGGUUAAGAGCUUUUGGACGACGUAGGGGAAAAACGCUGCGAAAUCGUGCGAGAGCUUGGAAGCCGGUUAGGGCUUGGUUGCAGGGCUCUUUGGGAAUUUCUUGGCCUGUGGAUGUUGGAGUGAUCUUGAGAUAUCUUGAGGAGAGAGAUGAGAUUCACAGGAUGGGAAAGAGUGUUCCCAAAUCUAUCCUGGCAAGCCUUUCACUCUUGGAAGGCGUUGGGAUGGUACCGGCUGGCAAACGUCUUAGCGAGGACCCCUUGCUGCUUGAGAGCAUCAAGUCUUGGACAGCCGAGCUGGAAGUCGAUCAGGCUGCACCGAAGGCAGCUGCAAUGUUGCCUGUUUCAGUCGUGCUAAUAUGCGAGCUGGUGGUUUGCAGGCCUUUGUACCCACCUGGGUUGCGAUUCAUGGCUUUCAUUUUGCUGGUCAUGGUAUGGGCAAGCCUGCGCGCAGAUGAUAUGCAAAACGUCAAUCCAGCCAGUGUGAAGCUGAGCCAGGUCGGACUGAGGUUCAUCCUUAGGAAGACGAAGACGAGUGGACCUGGGCGCAAGGUUGGUGAGCUGCAUGGGUUCAUUUCUCGGGUCGUGGGACUCAGUGGCUUUGACUGGCUCGGGGAAGGUUUCAAGCUGCUGACUUCUGAACGAUUUUCAUGGGCGCGAGAUUUUCUAUGCCCUUGCUUUACAAAUGAGUGGGAUGAGCCAAAGAGAGAAUACAUGGACGCGGAGGGCCUCGCCUUGCAGUUGAGGCGUUUGCUGAAGGAGUUGCCUACACCGGUGAGGCAAAUGGGAACCUGGAAGGUGAAACGAGAGCUGCUGCUGCCUGGCGACGUCGCAAACUUUUGGACAGGUCACAGUCCUCGUCACUUCGUGGUGAGCAUUGCAGCCGCCAUCGGGAUAUCAAAGGACCGGCGUGACUAUCUGGGGCGAUGGGCGUAUGCUCAACAUGGGUCACAGGAUUACGUCCUCACUUCGCGUCAGGUGGUCCAGGCGAUCCAGACCACUGUUUGCAAGACACUGCUAUUGGGGGGCGAUGGAGGCGGUUACAUUGAGGAGGAGCUGCUUUGCACUUUAAGGAGUUUUGCUGAUGACCUUGGAUUGAAUGGCGAGGAGAUCGUCGGCGCAAAUACGGUGAUGCAAUGGGAUGGACACAAACAGACCUGGUUGCUGGGGGGACAAUAUCCUGCUUUUGCUGUUAACCCGGAGAGGGUUCCGAUUGCCGAAGGGGAGCUCGAGGCGAAGCUCCCUGGAGAAUAUGAGGCUUUUGAAGCAGAGCCGGACGAGGACGAGGCGCCGUACUUCUUGACUGUCUCUCGGAGAGGGUUCAGACGUUUGCAUCUUUCCAAGCGUUGUGCAGUCCGGAGAGAGAGGUGCCUCGAGACCAUUCCAGUUUUCCACCUUGGAGAGGGCAUUGCUGAUGCGAUGUGUAAGCUGUGCAAGCCGCGGGUGGAGAUAGGCGAGGAGUCUUCAACUAGUGGCUCGGAGGACACUGUUGAGGGUGAGCAGGAGGCUCUUGAGCCAGAGCCUUUCGGUGGAGGCCUUGGGCUCGGGCCCUUGGCUGGAGGCUUGGGGCAGGAUCAGGAGGCAGCAGAGCGCAGUGCUCGAUUAGAGCAAGACGUGCCGGAAGGAGAGCACGCAUUAAAGAGUGAGAUUGCUGGGGAGGGGUGCGGGGACGCUGUGCUGAGAAGCACCUGGUGCAAUGGCCGGAGCGGCGCCGGCUCCUGGGCCAGCAGAGUUGCCGACAGGGGUCACCCAGAAUGCGGUAUGCCUUUGGGAUUGCAGUAUCGAUUGGGACAAAACUUCAAGUCAGUGAAGCGAUUCUCGACAUACGCUGACACACGGGGCGAAGUGCGCACUGCUUUGAAAGAUGAUCACCAGUUGGAGGCCACGGACCAGGCGAGCAGAGCUGUCGUUGCAGCAGUAGUUUCAGCCUGGGAGACAUCGCGCGAGGUCGCCAGCAAGGAGACGGAGUUGAGGGCAGAGGCGCGCAUGCUGGGCGUCAGCAGACCAGUGACGCAGACUGAGAAGCAGGCUAUGAGGGUUGCGUAUGAGGCAGCCCACGGGACGCUCGAGGAGGCAUUCGAGCCUUCCGACGACUACAUCUCUGCAAAGCUUGAGGAGGUCGAGAGUGGCGAGAUCACCGCUAGUGCCCUUUCUGAAGUGACAUCCAAGAAGAAGGUGAAGACCAUGGGGAUACAGACGACAGUGGAUACUGGAGGUCAUGUCAGGAUCGUCAAACAGAAGAACAAAGGGGUAAUGCCCUCACAUACAGAAGAGCUGAGAACGGUGCUGAGAGUUGAGGGCAAUAUGUGGACAUUUUUGGCAUCCAAGUACAAGAACAAGAUCUUUUUCCAAGGCAUGGGGCCAGAUGCUUGGCUGGGAUAUGCAAACUACUUGCUUGGAGAACGGGUGUACUUGCUGCAGGUCCCGGUCACCGGGAAGGGCGGGAAGAUGGAUCAAAUCCCACUGAAACCGCCAUGGGUGGUGAUUCUCAACUAUGAAUACGAGUUGAGGAAAGAAGCGAUCAAGAGAGCCUUUCGUGAUUCCCGCCCCUUGCGCGAGACCCUUCGGGAGGUGACAGAUGAUGCACAGUUGAAAGAACAGUAUUUCACAGCUCCCAUAGCGCUGCAAAACAGAGGAAAGCGUGGCAGUGAUCAAUGGGAUGGCCAGCACGAUGAUGGAAAAUGGCAUCGGGACACCUGGCGAAAAGGAGCUGGCUGGGGCAAAGGCACACCGCGCAAAGGAGAUGACAAAGGACGUGGCGAUCAAAAGGGCAAGGACAAGAAAGGAAAGGACCCAAAGGGUCCUGGCAAAGGGAAGCGUGAGAGCGUCACCACCACUCGAACGCCAGACGGGAGGUGGAUCUGCUUUGACUACUCCGGGCCAGGAUGUGAUGGAAACUGCGGCAUGGUACACUGCUGCAUGGUCAAAGGACAGGGCGGCAUGGGCCUGGUCCUUCCAGGUCGCACACUUAUCCUUUUGGUUUUCCUUGGUUGGCAGAGAGGCCAGCUAGCAUUUGGCAACUUGAUGAGCUUCGUGCAUUUGUGGAAGGUGAUGAACAUGCGGCAACAUGGGCAGUACACAUGCCCUGAGGCGCAGCUCAGAUGGCCGCAGUUCGAUGCAACAGGGUCCUAUGUAGGGCCAAUUGGCCGGUGCGAGCAUUUGCAUCAUGGUGGCGCAGGCAUAGCGCACGAUGGAAGUUGGAAGACGGACACACCUCUUCCGUUGGCCUUCUGUGAACAUGUGGUGCAGAUGGCAUGUGAUUGGCAGUUGUCUGGGCGCGCUACAGACGACGUCGGCCAUCCGGCUGAACAGUUCGCCACAUGCUUGCUAGAGCAGUCCGAUUCGCGUAAGCUUGGGAAACAUGAUGGAGAAGCUCUGGCACGCCUGCUUGAAUACGAAGCACCGCAUCCGGCAGCAGUGGCAGAUGCGGCCACGGAGCAAAGUGGCGGCAAGGCCUUCUUCGGCGGAGCCUACACUAAGGGUGGCAUCACGGGUUUGCGCCGUUCUUGCCGGGUGUUCCCUCAGUCCCUUAAGUGCCUCACCUUGCUCCUGCGUGAUGCCUUCCCCAACAAGCCCUUUAGUUCCCUUGUGGUGUUCAAUAACGUCAAGAGUACUAUGCACAAAGACGUGCACAACGCGCCUUAUCCCAACUUGCUUCUUGCCUUGACCACUUUCCAAGAUGGGCAGGUUUGGAUGGAAAGCAGCCACGGUCAUGUCGUGCGCAUGGUUCGCGGCAUCCCGCGCAAAGGCGUUCUUCUCCCAGUGGCCCAAGCUCCGCAGGAGCUCCAGGCUCACAACUGCUUCCAUCAAACCGAGGCGUGGACUGGUGAUCGAGUUCUCUUAGUUGGAUUCCCAGUCACCCGCCUUCACUCGCUGUCACCGCCCAUGCGUGAUAACCUCCUCUCUUUGGGCUUCGUCCUUCCCCCAUCUGCUCACCUGCCACAGCAAGGGGGGGAGGGGCUCGCUGAUCGGGAGGCCGAAGCGGUGCCGGCGAUGGCAUUAAAGCAACAUGAACUCCACGCUACUAACACCCCUUCAGGAGGGACCAUCCUGGAGGCACCUGAUCCUGGCUCUAGCACCCCUUCAGGAGGGACCAUCCUGGAGGCCCCGGGCCCCGUCCUUGGCACCCCUUCAGGAGGGACCAUCCUGCUGGCAUUUGAGGCUCCCCUUUCCGACCAACCCGAUGGCGAGGACGUUGGUGACCCCCAAGAGUUUGACCCACGCACAUCCCGUUGCAGUGGGCCGGCCUUGCGUUGUCGGCACACACAGGUCCGGCGUGAACUUGUGGAUGGAUUUGGCUUGUGCUCCCCGGGGAGGUGGCGACCGAAGUCACGUGGGGCAUUGGCUUCCGACAUCGAGCACAGCCAUUCACUUAGCAUACGCAGGAUUCUUGUCAGUGCGCUGCGGGAGGCCAUCCCCGACAGGAAGAAAGCUGCCUUCAUGCUUGCCACGGGGAGGAUGGAGAGCUCACCAUUUUCACGCAGCACCAUCGCUAAGGUCAGGGAACGGAUUGCUGCUUUGUUGCCAGACCCUGAGCAGGCAAUGCAGAUUCCCCAAGGACAACCUUUCAUGUUGCACAUGCUUUCCCAGUCGCUCCGGGUGUUUGGGGAUCCUGACUAUGCAAUCCUGGACCAAGGGAAGGACUCGUUUGCAGAAGGGGUGCCCCUUGGUUGGGAUAAGCCCAUCGGCAGGGCUCCUCAGGUGUUCCCGAAGAGGACGCACUUCCGGAAGCUUGACGAGACCGAGUUUGAUCCCUCCAUGGUGAACUACCGGUCAGCCGAACUAAAUGCUGAGCAGUUGGAAGAGAAGUUUCGUCAAGACGAACGGGAAGGCCUGAUGAUCUGCACCACGGAAGCUGAGGCUAAGAAGAAAUAUGGAGAGGACGCUGUGCUGAUCGCUGCGAUGGGAGCAGUGACCAAAGCUAAUGGUGAUGUGCAGCCGCUACAUGACGGCACCCAUGGCAUCAACCUAAACAACCGGAUCGUGAUCACAGACAAACUGCAGGUUCCUGGACCAGAAGACCUUCAAGAGGUGGCAGCACGCGUCAAGGAGAGCAAGGAGGCUCCUUUUUCCCUAUGCGCCGACAUCAGCCAGGCGCACCGACGCGUAAAGGUGCGGGAGGCCGAUUGGCCACGCUUGUCGUGCAAGGCAUCCUCGCAAUCGCGCGUGCUUUGGCUAAAUUGCGUUGGAACGUUUGGGGUCAGCUCUGCCGCAUACUACUGGUCGCGCCUUUUCGGAGCCGUUGGACGGUGGACUUUCCGGGUCCUUUCCUUGGACCAAUUCUACAUGUUGAUCUACGUGGAUGAUCUCCACGUCGUGGUGUUUGGCUGCGAUAAGUACGAUACCCUAUGGCUGCUUUUCUUGGCCCUUGAAGUGAUGGGGACUCCUUUCUCUUUUCACAAGUUCAAAGGGGGAGUGGAAGUGGACUACAUUGGAUAUCACCUCAGCUACUUCACGUGGGCAGCUGGCAUUUCGGAGAAGCGGGCAUCCUGGAUCAUUGAAUGGAUCGAUCGAGUGGAAGCCGACGGGUGGAUGGUGUCUGGCAGGCGGCUGGUGGAGUUCACCGGACGUCUCAACUUUGUGACACGCAUGAUCACUUGGUUGAAACCUUUCUUGGCACCAUUGUUUGCUUGGAACGGGGUGCUCAGCCGCAGCACAGUGGCGCGCCUACCCGAGCUGGUGAUGCUAGUCCUUCGAUUUUUCCGCCACCAAUUUUCAUCAGGAGCUCGACUUGAUUCUGUGCACAUGACCUGGCCAGCGCAACAGAGGCAGGCAUUUCGGACGGAUGCUAAGUGCGAAAGGGGGCGCAUUGUGUUGGGGGGCUGGUCCUUAGAUCAUGGGGUUGAUACUAGGCAAGCACCGUGGUUUGCUUUGGAGGUUUUCCCUAAUGACUUGCCAGCACUCUUCAAACCUGAUGGGUCGUCCGAGUGGGCCUCCACUGCCGCGGAGCUGCUCGGCUCAUAUGUCGGGCUUCAUGCAUUCGGGCAUUUGAAGAAAUCUGCCGGGCGGGACUCCUUGAAGAUGCAGGUGUGCGGUGGAACUGACAACAAAGCCACCCCGGCCAUCGCUGCAAAGGGUUUAUCUAACAAGUGGCCCGUGCAAGGGAUCCACAUGCAGUUGUCGGUUGCCCUUCGUGAGGCUAAUAAGGUUUGCAAGCUUGCCUGGAGGCCACGGGAAGAAAAUCAGGAUGCCGACGAUUUGACUAACUUGAAAACGGAAAACUUUGUUCCUUCAAAAAGGGUGACAGUUGCGUUGAAAGAUUUGCCAAUGGGAUUGUUUCACGAGUUGCAUGAGCACUACGAAUCCUUCAGGGAUGAACGAGCAGCCAUGUCAGCUGCUAAGAAAAUUGAGCCUAAGGCCACUAAGAGGCAGAAGUUGCUUGACAAAACGGAAUGGUAG